CAUGGGCUUGCGUCGCUGUCCUGUGACGUCUACGCCGCGCGCCUCACACAUGCUGCAAUGACUGAAUUUCCUGUUCAUUUCUUCGAUUGUUUGUGAUAAACAUGUCGGUUUUUCACGACGAGAUCGAGAUCGAGGACUUUGAAUAUGACGAGGACACGGAGACAUAUUACUUCCCCUGUCCCUGCGGAGACAGGUUCGCCAUCACUAAAGAGGACCUGCAGAGUGGAGAGGACGUGGCUUCGUGUCCCAGCUGCUCUCUGAUCGUCAGAGUCAUUUAUGAUGAGGACGUGUUUGUGUCUGGAGAAAUCAUCGACGCUCCUCGGCACUCGUCGGAGAACAAACUGGAGCUGCUUCAGUCCUGAUUUAUUCACUUUUUAUCUAAACUGCUGCUGUUUAUUAUUAUUAUUAUUAUUAUUGUUGUUAUCAUGCAAAUAAAAUAACCUACUUAUUUAAAAUCAAUGUUAGUCACCAGUCUUCACUUAAAAAAGCUCAACUUUUCAUUGUGAUGUCUUUUAAAUUGCUUUUAUAUGAGAUUAAAACAGAUUUUCUCUACUUAA